GGCUCGCGGACACUGGGCUCAGUGGUGAAUGUGAAGCCCUAAGCAAAUCAAAACACGUGUGAAGCCACGCUGGGGGAGAGAAAUUACGCACCGGUGAGCACCGCGCGUCCGCCAGCUUCAAACUGCACAACUCCAAACUUUGAACCGCUUAAUACGUAGUAUAGUUUUAGCAAAAACGAAGAGGCAGAAGCAGAGAGAUAUUGUGGUUAAUCGUUUUCUUUUAAAUAGCUUGUACCCGGUUUCAUCUGAGUGGACCAGUAGCUCUGAGUGGUGUGGAGAAGAAAAAGAAAAAAGAAAAGAAAAAAACAUUCGUGCGCUUUCGUCCUGAUUCGCAAAUAUAAAUGUGUCAUGUCGGGGGAAAAUAAUCCAGCGGAGCCAGACGUUAACCUUGAAAGUGAAGACUGUCCCGGGGAAGAUGUACCCGGCUUUGGAGAUGAUCUGGAGUUAAAUCAGUUCGAUGGACUGCCCUUUUCCUCGCGUUACUACAAAUUACUAAAAGAGAGGAAGACUCUUCCUGUGUGGGAGGUCAGGCAAGAGUUUGAGGAUGCUCUGGUAAACAACCAGCUGGUUAUUGUGUGCGGGACCGCAAAGACUGGGAGGAGUACACAGAUCCCUCAGUGGUGCGCGGAGUUCUGCCUGUCGGCCCAGUACCAGCACGGCAUGGUGGUGUGCACGCAGACCAACAGGCAGCAGGCUGUAGAUCUGGCCUUGCGUGUGGCUGAUGAAAUGGACGUCAACAUAGGCCAUGAAGUGGGUUACACCAUCCCUCUGGAAACUUGCUGCUCCUCCGACACUGUUCUGAGAUAUUGCACUGAUGAUAUGCUGCUGAGAGAGAUGAUGUCAGACCCUUUUCUGGAGCACUAUGGGGCCAUUGUUAUCGACCAGGCCCACGAGAGGACAGUUAGCACAGACAUACUACUAGGUCUCCUCAAGGACAUCCUGCUGCAGAGGCCUGACCUCAGGGUGGUGGUCCUCGCCGUCCCGCCCAUGACCGACAAGCUGCUGGGCCACUACGGCAGCGUCCCUCUCAUCAGUCUGGAGGCCUCGUGUCCUGCUGAAGUCGUCCACAGCAGCAGCGGCAACAAAGACUACUUCUACUCGGCACUGAGACUGGUGCUGGAGAUCCAUCGAACCAAAGAGGACGGAGAUGCUGUUGUGUUUUUUGCCUCAGCUGAGGAGGUCCACUGCGCCCAAAGCAUCCUCCAGAGAGAGGGCACUAGGCUGGGAGCGGACUUGGGCGAGAUGGUGCCUGUAGUCCUGCACCCGAGCCAGGGAGGGUUACUGCCUUUCCUGACCAAGCAACCGGGCCCCGAUAGGUCCAGGAGAGUUUUCCUCUCUACCCAACAGGGGGAGGAUAUAUGGUGGGCUACAGAGUCCGUCAACUUUGUCAUUGACACGGGAGUCCAGAAAAAACUGGUGUACAAUCCAAGAAUAAGAGCCAACUCGGAGAUACUCCGACCCAUAAGUCAAUGUCAGGCAGAUGUACGUAAGCAGCUGUCUGGGCCAACAGGCAAAUGUUUCUGCUUGUAUCCAGAGGAGAGCCAGCUUCCUGCAGAGAACUCCCCGCUGAUCUUGGAGUCCAACAUUACACCAACAGUCCUCUUCCUAAAAAGGAUAGAGAUAGCCGGCCUGGGCCAGUGCGACUUCAUCGACAGACCGGAUCCUGAGGGUCUCAUGCAGGCGUUAGAGGAGCUGGACUACCUCGCCGCUUUGGAUGACGAUGGAAACUUGUCUGAGAUUGGCAUCAUAAUGUCUGAAAUCCCCCUGGAGCCUCAGAUGGCCAAAGCCCUUCUAGCGUCCUGCGAGUUUGACUGCGUGAGUGAGAUGCUGACAAUCGCAGCGAUGCUGUCAGCGCCAAGCUGCUUCCUGAAGCCCCCUGCCUCCAUGACCCACGAGGCCGUCCAGUGUCACAGAAAGUUCCAGCACCCUGAAGGCGACCACUUCACCCUCAUAAAUAUCUACAACGCCUUCAAACAAAGCCAGAGAGAGCAAUACUUCAGUGUUGAAAAGUGGUGCCAGGACUAUUUCCUGGAUCACUCUGCCCUGAAGACAGCUGAGGCCAUUAGAUCAGAGUUGACCGACACUUUGAACAGGAUCGAGCUUCCCAUCUCUGACCCCUCCUUUGGAACCAAGACGAACACCCUCAACGUCAAAAGAGCUCUACUGGCCGGGUUCUUCAUGCAGAUCGCUCGAGACGUGGACGGAUCAGGGAAUUACUUCAUUCUGACACACAAGCACAUGGCGCAGGUGCACCCGCUCUCCAGCUACGGGGCUCAGUCGCAGAAGCUUGGCCUGCCGGAGUGGGUUGUUUUCCACGAGUACACCCUGUCAGAGAACAACUGCAUGAGGACAGUGUCAGAAAUUUCCCCUCAAGUGUUCAUUCAAAUGGCACCACUGUAUUUCUUCUACAAUCUGCCCCCUAGUGAAAGCAAAGACAUACUGCAAGACUUGUUGGAGCCGGAUGGAUCCAGAAAAUGUAAAGAUGAGAAACAAAAAACUGCAGCUGCCGGCGGCGACGCCAGCGGCGGCUGUGCAGUGAUGCCGCAGACUUAUGACAGAUGUGUGAUUCAAUGAUGUGAAGUUCUGGGCUCUUAUAAUAAUCUUAUCGCCAAAUGCAUAUAUGCUUGUAAAAUAUUUAUCGUCAA